CUGCACAGUGUACGGUAAAACCAACUGCAAAAUAACCAAAACUACUUGAGCAUUCUCUCCACCUCGUAGAAGUGCGUUCACAGACAUUGGCCGAUAGUGCUGCAGCCCAUCGGGAUAACAACGUACAACAUGUUUAUUACAUUAUUAUUCGUGCCAUUACACCUUACUUUAGCGAAUGCAAUCGGGGAGUCGCUUUUGAAUCUGCCAUCAGCUGCAAGAGAUUCGCCGGAAAGCGAUAGAAAUUCGUACUUCAACGACAUCAUCUGGAAUGAUGAAGAUGACGGAGAACUGCACCAAUACGCCAAUGCCACCGGAUAUCUUCCAGUGGAAAAUUAUUGGCCCAAUAACGGAAAAAAUAUUCCUUAUGCCAUCGAAGGGUUCAGUCCGGAACAGAAACAAGUAAUCAAGAAAGCUCUGCGCAUAAUUGAAUGGCGAACCAGCUUGUGCAUCACUUUCAAAAAGCGCAAACAAGAACGGGAAUAUAUACAAUUCUAUCCGGGAAGGAGUUGCAAAGCGCACAUUGGGUACGUUUUCGGACACGCUGCCAAAGUACAGCUGCACACGGACUGCUUCUCAUCCGGCAUUAUCCAGCACGAAAUCCUGCACACGCUAGGUAUGUUCCACGAACAUAACCGGCCCGACCGCGACCAGUACAUCUCCCUGAUCGAACACAACAUUCGCACCGACCUGGAUAAACGGAACUAUGAGAUCCUGCCGCGCAUGGCCACAUACGGCAUGCCGUAUGAUGUAGACUCGAUUAUGCAUUAUGGGAACGGUGUGGAAAUUUCCAAGAAAGGCCGAACAGCUAUUGUAGCCAAAGUGCCAUCCGACAACAUGGGACAGCGGAAGGGUUUAAGUGUUUUGGAUGUGGCUAAGCUGCAGAAAGCCUAUCGGUGUUCACUGGACGAUGGUGCAUUUGAAGGACGACUGUUGGAACGCAUGUUGGAUUUGAAUUCGGAUCUUACUCCAGGUGAAGGGACGGUGAUGUUGGAGCCGUUUCCGCAGUUCUCCAGAGAACCAAUGGCACGCGAGCACUGUGCCCUCCAGUUUACAACCAACUGUCGACCAUCGUGGCCAUCCACACCCAGCAACUGCACUCACACACAGAGCCUAGAUAUUACCUGCAAUAACCUGGCACGCGCGCAUGAACUCCGGCAAAUGACCGCAUCUAUGUCGUCAUUUCCGUUAAAAGCCACAAAAAUCGAUGUGUACGACGGCGGCCAAAUUAACGUCGACUCUUUUGCUGCCAUUCGAAAGCAAGUUGUGGUCUUCGAUUUACGCAACUGUACGAACGAAACAGCCACGCAAAAGCUGCUGACCAUGCAGUUUACGAAUUUGCUGGAUUUUGGUCUAAUUAAUUGUUAUAAUUUGGAGAUCAGACGUCUCGACUUCAGCUUAUCAAAUAAGCUGAAGAUGAUUGCGUUCUCCAACGUGACAAUCCAGCAACUGGAAAGGGAUACAUUUACCGAUCUCCCGGCUUUACGCUUGCUGUCAUUAGAAUAUGGACUAAACAACAUGGAAAAUUUUAACAAGCCUCUACGCGAAUAUUUGAACCGCCUUCAUUGUAGCUGCGAGUUCAAAUGGUACCGGCAGUGGUGGAGUAGCAACCGGCAACUGUUGCGAGUGGCGGCCGAGGGUGAAAUUUAUCGAACCGCUAAUUCGUGGGGAAAUGUUGCAAUUAGUAAGGAAAUGCUGUACCUACCGAUUGACUGCGAUGCGGUGUCGUUUCCAUCAGGCCCAGCUUCCAUUAACCAUUCGCAGUAUGGAUUUUCAAUCAAUGCACCGAACUAUGCCUUAGAAGGAAAGCUCAGCUGCACAUCCGAAAGUGGAGAAUCCGAUGAACCCUUCCCGGAUUUUUCUACUGAACCGUUAACCAAAGAACAGUGUGACCUCCAGUUUAGCACCCACUGCGCCCCGUACGGCGGCAAACGAUUCAACUAUUGUGGGACUUCCGCUGGCAUGGCAAUCGUUUGCGGCCGGCAAGCAGAUGCACAAGAAAUUCGGCAGAUAACUUCGAACAUGGCUAAAUUCCUUCCGCGGGCAACCUUGCUAGAUUUGUAUGACGGAUCGCAUCUAUCCUUCGGGACAUUCUCCCCAAUCCGCAGACAAAUUGUGCUGCUCGGUUUAUUCCAGUGCAUCGCUGCUCGAUCCACUGGCAAACUUAAAGAAAUGCGCUUAAUGAAUUUGCUACAGUACGGAUUGUACAACUGCUAUAAUCUACAAAUCCUCAAGGAUGAUUUCAAGUAUUCCACGAAAUUAAGGGUCAUCGAAAUGAGGAACUCAACAAUCCGGACGUUAGAAAGCGAUACAUUCACGAGUUUGCUAUCCUUGCGAAUUUUGGCUUUGGAAUUGGGGUUGAAGGACGCUACUGUUUAUAACAGAGAUAUUCAAAACUAUUUGUACCGGUUGCACUGUUCAUGUGAAUUUGCCCCAUUUCGGCACUGGAGAAAGAAUAACAGCAGGCUACUGGAUCACGCUGAGGAUAAGGAAGUUUAUGUGAUCCCGCGCGCUGUCGGUAGUUUACAGUACUCACGAGCUGACAUGUACUUGCCGGUUAACUGCGCAAUGAAUCCAUUUCCUUUCGGAGUUGGCUCCAUAAAUUUUAGCCAGAGCGAAUUUUCGUUGCAUGAUGACAAUCGUUACUGCUGAAAUGUUUUCUACUGCCAGUUGUGCUAGAAAUGUCAGUAAAUUAUUGCGCGUGUCCUUACUGCUGCCGCAUGGGCAUCUUUUUUAUACCAGUUUAAGCCUUAUGAUUACUUCGUACCGGUUAUAAUUGUUCACUUGCUGUGAUUUGCCAUAUAAACAAUGUA